AUCUUCUGUUCAUUGUACUGAACGGUGUUAUUCAAAACAUAGCACAUUGGUGUUGGCUGGUGAAAAAUCCAAGAUAUAUUACCGGAAGCUAAGCAGUGUAGUUCGAAAACUGGUGCAAAAUAUUUCCAAUUAUGGAUUACGAAGAAUUGACAGUGGUUGAGGAGCAGAACCAACCGGAGAGAAAGGAAAGCGGCAAACGAGGACGUAAACCAGGCCGCAAGGCGUCUACUGAGAAGAUCGAUAUGAAGGCAAAGUUAGAACGCAGCAGACAGAGUGCACGGGAAUGCAGAGCACGUAAGAAGCUGCGCUAUCAGUAUCUGGAGGAACUGGUCAGCGAUCGCGAGAAGGCCGUCUUCGAGUUGCGCCGAGAGCUGGAGAAACUCCACUACUGGGCGUUGGAAGUGGACGCUGGUCGUUUCCCCGAGGGACUGCAGGAGCUGCUCGAGGAGCUGGGUGCCCUGAAGCAGGAGUAAUUGGGAGGCAACUCGACCCCGCGAUGGUUCUUGAUGAAGUUGGGAGGCUUUAAUUUCUUCGUAUCAGUUAUCCGAGAUUGAGUUUCCUCCGUUAUUGAGCUUUAGUAGUAGUUAUUUAUUUGGUUUAAACGCGAAUCGUUAAAUUUAAAUUGGUUUGAUACCUUAUGCAUAGGCGUUUCGUUAAAAGAAAUUAACCUUCGUUAGUCACGUGUUAAUUUUAGGUUAGAAAUUAUUAGGUUUAUGAUUUCGUUUUUAUGAGUUUUACUAUAAAAAUCCGUGAAAAGAAAAUAUAAAAAAAAACAUAAAAUUUAAAAAAAUACUACAAAAAUAAGAAUGAGUAAACGAAUAUGGCUUAAAUCUAAAGAAGUUACCUCAAAUACCGAUAAGUUAAGUACAAUUUAGUGGUACAAUAACUGAUGAUAUAUUAUGAACCGAAUAAACAUUUGAUGUACAUAAUCUAUUUCGAUCACCACAAACACAGUGAUUCAUGCAAUUAGUACUGCAGAUUCUGCGGGAGCACUGAUACGAACGUGAGUAGAUCCACACUUAAUAGAGUUUGUUAUUCGAUUAUCCUGGUAGAACUCCACUGAUUAAAGUUCAAUAUUAAUAACCUGACGUGUCCAUUGUAAAAUUGCAAAACAUACAUAUUUAAAUUUGCUGAAUUGUUAAAUUGCUGCAAACUUCCGGGCGGCACACAAGUUAUAUAACUAUUUUUGUAAAACAGAUUUUGGAUGAUAUCAAUAAACAACAGCAUGGAAAUGCUACCGCUAA